AUGAAAUCUCCUGUUUCGCUUGGAAAAUUCUCUAAAAUCUAUCUCAAAGCGCUUCCUUACCAUAUCAAUCUUAUUAGCGACCAUCAUCUUAAUAAUAUUAUCAUUUGUGCAGUACGUGUCGACUUCCGUCAUCCAAUGAUUCAAUUUCUCGAACGAACUCCGACUCGUCACAUCGUAAACACAAAUAACGCCCUGUGCGCCACGAUAAUAGCUGGGAGUGAGAGUACGGAAGCGUUCCUGACCAGCGGUGUCCCAAAUGGCGAGUUUCACACGAUUCCCGUCGAUCGCCAUCGAGGUUACACGGAAAUCGACGCCUAUAGUGGCAGCUUGCUCAGGAUCGAAGACGUCGUCGACGAAUCGGAGCAUUAG